AUGCCACAUGGGCAGGCCACUAAGAGGAGGUCGAUGAAUUCAGUGUCAGAGGCAACCCCGACUAAGGUCCCAGCUCACUUGUCAACAUCUCCAUCAUCGCAGACAACUGGUAUUUGUCCGACGAGGGGUAAGAAGACUAGUAGACUUAUCACCCAACAUGGUGGCAAGAAGUUUUUUGUUGGAGUUUCUAGUGAGCGAAGAACAUUUGUGGCUCUUAAUGCCACUAAGGCAGCUAAUGAAUUGGGGGCACAAAUUCAAUUACAAGCCCCUUUGCAAGGAACAGAAAAUUGGAAGGACGUUCCACCAGCCAUUCGAGCAGCUAUUGUGCAAUCCGUGCAGGAUAAGUUUGAGGUUAAAGGAUAUGAUGAGAGCCCACUUACACGAGAAGUUAUUGACACAAAGGCCAUACAUUUGUUCAAAGGCUGGCGAUAUCAUAUGAAUCAACAUUACAAAGCGUUGGGGAAAGCAGGGACAGAUCCUUAUAGUAACCCAUUUGUUGGAGUGAGCGAAAUAGAUUGGAGGUACAUGAUUGAUCAUGUGUUUCUUGGUGACACACACAAGAAACAAUCAAAAAGGGCCAUAGACAACAGAAAAAAGUUACCCUAUAAUCACACCAUGGGUUCAAGGUCAUUUUCAGCAACAAUCUCAAUUAAGGGAAUUGAAAAUGGCAAGGAGCCUCACAUCGUAGAUUUUUACAAGACCUUAUAUUGGAGUAAGAAAAGAAUGAUUGGAUUGAACCAGUUUGUUGGCUGUUAUAUGUAAGUAUACCUUUACUAUAUUUGUUAUUCAUAUUCCUAACUACUUGUUUUUUGUUUUCUUGGAUUAAUUACACUUUACCUCCUCCUGGUUUUACUCAAAAGCACUUUACCCACCUGAAGUAUACAAAUAUAUACACACAGUUAUUAAAACUACACAUAUAAUCCCCUACACAACCCGUACAAGUAGGAAUUAAUACUUGAGACCAAAUUAACCACCAAAAUAGAAAUAGAGUUCUACACAGUAAUUAAAACUACACAAAUUUUCCAACCAAUAACAUGAUAGGGCGCAUGUUGCAGCCACCACCAAGUUAACAGUCUAUUCCUUUGAAGAACAAGAGAGACAUUAUCCAUGGAAGGGCGCCCAUUGCAGCCACCUCCAAACCACCAAACCAGUCCCAACAGCUUUACAUGAACCUGUCCAGAAAAUAGGUUCAAUGAUUAAUUUCCAAGACAACACAAAUUGUUCCAAUCAUAAAGCAACAAGAAUAAAUG